GGUGGUGAUUCUGGGUUAUGGGUUUGGUGGUUUAGGUUAAUUGUGGGUUUUUUUUUUGGAUUAAUACUUAAGUACUACCCUUAUAUUUCAAUAAUCAUAUUUAAAAGUUUUUGCCUAAAAGUUCGUGUUACCCCAUUUGUUCCAAAUAACUGUUAACGGAGGUAGUAUAUAAAGCCAGACCACUUAUAGACGAUGCAAAAAUUUGAGUACAUGAAAACAAAGUAGACUAGAGAGUAGAGGAGUAUAUCCGAUUAUUUAAUUUUCCAAAGGAAAAAAACAACCUUUCGGAAGAAAGAGGGAAAGUAAAAUACUUGUAAGAAGAUUCCAAACACCAGGAGAGUCGUCGCACCAAUCUCUCUCCUACCUUCCUCGCCUGCUGACAACCAUGAUCAUCUCCAACACCUUCCAUCUUCGCGCCGGAGGUACUGGUUGCGCCGUCGGAGGCGGCAGAGGUCGAGAUUCUCCCAUCAUUAUCUCUUUAUCGCGCGCAAUUCUAAUCAUUGCAACAAUUGUAUUCAUAACAAUCUCUUCAACUGUAUCUUCAAGUGCAAUAUUCAGUUUAAAGUUCAGAUAUGCAGGAACUAAUCGGUCUUUGAAUUCUCUCAAACUUCAUGAUACUAAUCGUCUUCAAAUGCUCUCUAAUGUUGACCUUCCUUUGGGUGGUAAUGGUCGCCCUGAUUCUUCUGGGUUGUAUUAUGCAAAGAUGGGUAUUGGUACGCCUCCAAAGAACUUUUAUAUGCAAGUUGAUACAGGGAGCGAUAUUACAUGGGUGAAUUGCAUUGAAUGUACUGAGUGUCCUAAAAGAGGCUAUCAUGGUAUAGAACUCACACUCUAUGAUCCAAAGGACUCUUCAACUGCUCAAAAUGUCUCUUGUGAUGAACCAUUCUGUUUAGAUGUAAAUGGUGGUCCUUUUCAAGUAUGCAGAGCCAAUGAAUCAUGUUCAUUUGCUGAGUUUUAUGGUGAUGGGAGUUCUAGCACUGGUUACUUUAUGGAAGAUAUUGUGCACUAUGACCAAGUGUCAGGGGAUCUCCAGACUACUACUGCAAACGGAAGUAUCAGUUUCGGGUGUAGCGCUGGACAAUAUGUGGACCGAGGUUCACCUAAUGCUGAUGAAGCCCUUGAUGGUAUUCUUGGAUUUGGAAAGUCAAAUUCAUCUGUAAUCGGACAACUAGCUUCAUCAGGACAAGUGAAAAAGAUGUUUGCCCAUUGUCUAGAUGGUGUAAAUGGUGGGGGCAUCUUUGCUAUUGGAACUGUUGUCAAGCCGAGGGUUAACACAACUCCAUUGAUGCAAAAUGAGCCACACUACAAUGUGAACAUGACUGGGGUAAAAGUUGGAAAUUAUACUUUGAAUCUUCCAUUGAAUUUAUAUGAGUUAGGAGGCAAGAAAGGAGCCAUAAUUGAUAUUGGUACUACCCUUGCUUAUCUUCCUGAGAUUAUUUACGAGCCACUUGUUAUUCAGAUACUCUCGCGACAACCUAACGUGAAAUUAGUUACUGUCCAAGACCUUUAUACAUGCUUCAAGUAUUCUGAAAGUGUUGAUGAUGGAUUUCCACCUGUAACAUUUUAUUUUGGCGGUGAGCUCUCGAUGACAGUUUACCCCAAUCAGUAUUUUUUUCCUGUUGAUGAUUUUUGGUGUAUUGGUUGGCAAAAUAGCGGAAGGUUGUCAAGGGACAAGAAGAAUCUCACUCUUUUAGGAGAUCUAAUGCUUUCAAACAAGCUGGUUGUAUAUGAUCUGGAAAACAUGGUGAUUGGAUGGACAGACUAUAACUGCUCUACAAACAUUCAGGUCAAGGAUGAGCAAACGGGAACAGUUCAUCUAGUAGGCCCCCAUUUUAUAUCCUCUGCUUCCAUUGUAGAUAUUCAAACACCCUUAAUUAUGCUGUGUAUAAGCUUAGCUCUUCUUUUUGCGUCGUCAUUAGUCUGAGCUGCUGAUGUUGAUAAACUGCAUAUAAUAUGACACAACAUGAGCAGUUUCAGAAAGUUAAUACAGAUUACAGAUAUAGGAACUCGGUAUAAGAUUUCUAUGUAAAUAUUCCGAGUACUGAUGCAAACCAUUUUUGCAAACAAAGAAUGCAAAUCAUAUUUGCACCAAAAGAGUGCAUAUUGUAGCCUUCGUCCAUUAUGCAAAUCUAUUUUCACUCUGAGUUGUAUGCA